CUUUUCUCUGUAGUUGACCAUGACCUCGCGGUCGGAGUCAGCGCGUAUCCGCCAGCUGCUGCAGGGUCUGACGGAGGACGAGAUUCUGGAGCUGAUGAGGAUGAUCUCCCCGAAGUUCGCGCCGGCCGACGCAGAGACGCGCAAGAAGGCCGUGCUUCCGGACCCUAAUGAGAAGAAGAGUACAAAGAGAUAUGAGAAUUUAAAGGCAGCCGAGCGACGUUACUUUGCGGAAGCGUACAACGAGAGCAGCGAGUUGUGGAAACCGCUGACGAUAGAAGACGAGUCUGAUUGGUUAAACAACCACCCAGAGUCGGGACAGACGUUUGGGGAAUGGUUUACAAAGGAGUUCCCCCAACACAGAGUGAAUCGUCAGCGUCGUACCAUCUACAUCCUUCCCCUGGGGCCGUUCCCACCCGGGCACGCUGGACAAUCUACAGCUGCUGCAGGUGCAACAGCAGGUGCAAGUACAAGCACAGGUGAAACAGAAGGCGGUGCCAGUUCUUCAGCUAGAGGUGCAACGGGCGGGGCAGCGGGCGGGGCAGAGGGCGGGGCCAGUCCAAGCUCAAGGACAGACAAGGUGCUGCUGGCCUGGCUGCAGAAGUUCUGCCAGUGUUUCUUCCUGGGUGUGGACGUCAAGUUCCUGGAUCCGGUGCGGGUUCGUGAGGUCCGAUGCCGCACAAGGAUUAAUGAGCACACGAAGCAAUGGCAGCUGCUGUCCAAGGACAUCCUUGACUACCUGGUGAGUAAGAAGCCGCGCGAUGCCAUCUGCCUGGUUGCCGUGACGAUGCUGGACCUGUACCCCAGCGACUCCUGGAACUUUGUCUUCGGACAAGCCUCUCUCGUAACAGGAUGCGGCGUGUUCAGCUUUGCUCGGUAUGACGAGAAUUUCUACUACAUUCCUCGAGAUCGCAAGAAAGCCAAGAAGUCUGAGCUGGAGGAGUUCAACAUGCCGCCAGUCACGAGCGUACUCCUGCUCAGAGCCUGCAAGGUGAUGACACAUGAGCUGUGUCACAUGUUUGGUAUGAAGCACUGCAUCUACUUCUCCUGCUGCAUCAACGGCUCCAACAGUCGCGACGAGUCGGACCGCCGGCCCGUCGACCUCUGCCCCGUCUGCCUCCGCAAGCUCCAGGAGGCCGUGGACUUCCGUCUCGCCGUGCGAUUCCGCGCUAUGCUGCAGUACUGCACCAAGGAAUCCUGGGACUCGGGCGUGCCCGCCCCUCCUCUGGAGGCGUUCGAACCGUUCAAGAAAUGGCUGGAGAAAGUUCUGGUGUUCUUGGAGGAAACGCCAGCUGCUGGGAAUGAAACGCCAGCUGCUGGGAAUGAAACGCCAGCUGCUGGGAAUGAAGAAAGCAGCCAAGCUUCCAACUAGCAAACUAGCAAAUAAGACUUAAGUACUGAAUACAUUCACAGCUCAUAUAGAGUCAGUCGCACUCUCAGACUGACUCAUUUCUUAUGUCACAGUCGCUGUGGUCACAUCUGAUAUAAUGUUAUAUGUAAAUUACAUGUAUCUAGAGCUGUGUACCGGUACAGUGUACCGAUACAGUACCGGUACAAUCAAUUAGGUAAUCUGGUCCAAAAUACCAAAACCUUGGUGUACCAGUAUAUUAUACCCACAACACAUGUGACAUGCACAGAGGGACUGCCUGACUGUCACUUAGCACUACACUAAGGAACUGACAGAAGAGUUCACUUCAAAUUAGGGCAAACAGUCCUUUUGAAUGGUAAAAAAACAUUCCAAACUUGUAUAGACAUUUUGCAAACUUGUUAGCAUUGCGUAACAAUUUUUUCAUUGUAGACAUGGGGACAAUUUUUGCCUUAGUUUCUAUAAAAUAAUCCUUAAUGGUGGUGAGGAAUUAUAGAUUCUUAUUUGAACAAGUAGUUCAGGUACAGAUU